AUGAGACUGAAGAGAGAAGGGUUGAGACAGGAGUGGGUGGUGCAAAUGAGGACGAAGAUACAGAGGAAGAUGAAAGUGAUGAAGAUGCAGAGCCAGAGGAGGUUGACCAAGACGCAGUGCCAGCUCAAGUUCAAGCCUGUGUUGGAAGAAUACAGAGUUGCAGAUGAUGGUACCCUAAUGAGGCGUAGAGACUGGAGCCCACAGCAGUAUUUCCAGCAGUACAUUGACCAGCAACUAAUUGAGGAUAUGUCCUGGUUCACCAACCAACGCGUGGUACUGGAUUCAGGUAGCAGCAUGUACACAACGCCAGAAGAGAUGAAAACCUUUUUAGGAAUCUCAGUGUACAUGGCAUGCCUUGGAUAUCCGAGAAUUACAAUGUAUUGGGCUGCUAAAACAAGAGUCCCGAUCGUAGCUGAUUCCAUGACACGAGAUCGUUUCUUCAAGAUCAGAUCUUUGCUGAAAGUGGUCAAUGAUCUGGAUGUGCCAGAAGAGGAAAAGCAAAAGGAUGUCCUUUGGAAAGUCAGACCAGUUAUGAAGAGAGUCCUCCAAGGUUGCCUCAACCUACCCAGGCCAACACAGGUCUGUAUUGAUGAACAGAUGAUUCCGUUCACCGGCCGGUGUCCAGUUCGUCAGUUUGUGCCUGGGAAACCGAAUCCUACAGGAUUAAAGGUGUUCGUUCUUGCAAGUCCAGGUGGCCUAGUGUUGGACUUUGAAACCUACAUGGGAAAGAACACCUUUGCUCAAGUCCAAAAUUUGGGAAUAGGUGGUAUUUCAGUCAUGCGCUUGACUGAAACAGUUCCCAGAGGAGCACUGGUCUACUUUGACCGGUAUUUUACCACCAUCGGUCUUCUGGAUGCCCUUAAGGAAAGGGGCCUCUCUGCUACAGGAACAAUUCAGAAGAAUCGAAUGCCAAAAGGGUGCCACCUCAUUGCUGACAAGGCACUAAGCAAAAAACCAAGAGGGACAUCAGAAAGGGUUGUGCGGAGACCUCAUGAAAUUGCAGUCACCAAGUGGAUGGACAACAAGCCUGUUGUCAUGGCAUCAAUGACCCAUGGGAUUGAGCCUGAGGAUACCUGUAUCAGAUGGUCAAAAAAAGAAAAGCGGCACGUCCAAGUCACAAGACCGGCAGUGGUUGCAGAAUACAACAGCAACAUGGGAGGUGUUGACCUGUGCGAUCGCAUGCUCAGCGUCUACAGAAUGUCCGCCCGCACCAAGAAGUGGACCGUUCGUACCAUGCUUCACUUCAUUGAUUUGGCCAUCACCAACUCAUGGCUUCAAUACAGAGAAGACAGAUGGGCCUUGCGACGACUUGCAACACAAGAGUCUGGACCUGCAAAGAAGCCCCACCAGUACCUGGAGUUCAAAAUCCUCUUGGCUGAGGAACUGAUAACCCAGGGACAGACAGGUCAACAAGAUCAGAGGUCAGAGCGAAACACAAGUGAUGAAGAAUACUCCCAGCAAAACAAGAGAAGGAAGCCCCAGCCAAACAACACAGUCGUCAUCGGAGGAGACCUCAACAAACGCAGGUAG